AUGGAUACCCCUCCUCUCGACACGGUCUCCUUCGACCAUGCCUCCCUCCAGACCACGACCAACGACCCAGAGCCCGCCCCCGAGGUCCUGCUCACCCGCGGUUACCAAAAACGCUCCCUCGCCGCCCUCGAACCAGAGUUCGUCGACAACAACGAUCCCAACGCCAUGGCCCCAAGCAGCGCCGUCCUCCAGUCGGACUAUCUCAUCAUGGACGACUCCCACAACCUCGAGGACAAGGUCGACAUGUCCGACAGAGUCCCCCUCGCGACAGCCCCUACUUCGCCACCUGCACCCAAGCGGGUCCGAUAUGCCUCUGGUGCCUCAGAGAACGAACCUACAGCCUCGGACUACUCUCAGCUGGAACCGGUCAUCCAACCAGAGAGCAACAGCAGCAACAUCAACAACAACAACAAUAACAACAACAAUCGGCCACCGAGUCGAGCACGGCCACAGUCUCACUCGCCACCGAGGUCGAGGUCGAGGUCCGGGUCCAGAUCACGUUCCAUGACCAGGAGAAGGUCUAUCGCGGAUCUGAUCCCGCACACGAGUCAAUGUGCCCCCGUGUACAUGGACGAGCCUGAGGCAAAGACCAUAUAUGGAGAGCCCGUGGAUUCGUCCUCGGCCGCACUGGCCAUCGAUAUUUCGGAUGAGGAACAUUCACCCACGCCCGCGCUCUCCUCCAAGUAUCCGGGGUCGGCCGCGGUCUAUACGGAGAGCUCCCUAAAGCCCAAAUCUUCAAAGGCCAUGGAAGGCAUCGCCAUGGACGUCGAUAGGCGCAGUGGUGAUAGCAUCAGCCCCCUCCGGGAAAGCAAAAGGAGCAACAACAGCAAUCACCAUCCCACUCACCCCGAGCACCCAUCCUCCUCCAGAUCGUCCUCGCUCUUCAUAUCCUCACCCCACAGCGGCGCCUCCCAAAGACGAAACAGUGUCGCCACCAACACCGCCAACACCACCAACACCACCAACACCACCAACACCACCAACACUACCAACACUACCAACACCACCAAUCCCGCCGCCGCCAAGAAGGGCGUCCAACGACCCGUCAAGAUCCAAUUCCUCGACAACGCGGAAUCUGAAAAGAUCAGAGAAGAAGCCCGUCGUGCCUCCACCUCCGACCAAGGCUCUGCUACGCUCGGACAGGAUCAGCAGGACGCUAUUGACAGCGAAGAGGAUGAUUCCGAUGAGCGGGUGCUACGUGGCGGCAAUUCAGAUAACGAGAGCGAUGUCGCCCUACCAAAGGAGGAUCCUAUAGUGCAUGAUUGGGAUGAGGAGGAACUCGAGGAUGAGGAUAGCAGCUUCGGCAAUCUCAGCUCCAUGUCCCCCAGCGGGACCUCCACACCACUUCCACGACUGCCUGAGGAAGCCUCGAAACGAAGACGUUCGAUCGCGGAAGAUAUCCGAAGAGCGGCCGAUGAGACCUCGGGUUCGGACCGACGUUCAUCCAGAUCCAAGCGAUCGUCCUCAAGAAGCGAUCGUGAUGCAGGUGCAGGAAAGGGCCGGGACGAGGACGAUGGUGAUGAUGAUGAUUGGGACCCUUUGUUGGAUCCAGAGAGGGAGAUUGCGGCCAUGAGUGAGGACCAGGAGGCGGAUCUGCACAACAUCCAUCUGAGACUUGAGAACCAACGGGACUUCCAGGACGCUGCAAGCUUGGAUCUGGGUGAAGGCGAUGCACAGGCGAUCAACGAGGAUGGGCGGUACGGUGGUACGAUCGAGGCCGACGAUGAAGGCGAGGAUUAUUGGGAAAACCGCUGA